UAAAAGCUGUGGCCUGGCUGGGUAACAGCAUCAGUCAACGCACUUCCUUCAAUCUUUGAAAACGUUCGUCGAGCACACACAAACCCCAAAACAAAUAUCAAUAUGAAGUUCCUCAUCUGCUUGGCUCUCUUCAUCGCCGCCGCCCAGGCUCAUGUUGUGACCCCCGCUGUGGCCACCUACGCCGCUGCUCCGGCCCUGACCUACGCUGCCGCACCAGCUCUGGCCUAUGCCGCUGCUCCAGUGACCACCUAUUCCGCCGCCUAUCCCCGUGCCUACACCGCAUACGCACCUUCCGUUUACUCCUCAGCGUAUGUGCGAUCGCCUUCGGUGUAUUCGGCCUAUGCUGCUCCUGUGACCACCUAUGCCGCUGCUCCCGCUCUGGUCUCCACUCUGCUGAAGAAGUAAGCGCAUUGAAACGAUCAAAU